AAACUGUAGAUUUACCAUUACUACCCGACUUUUUCGGAAAGUUUUUUGGCUACAUUUUGGGCCCAUUUAUUAGACCUAGAUAUUUUUAGUUUCUGUCUUAUUAUGAGCGUGUUAUAACCACGCAGUUUGAAAAUACAAAAACACACAUUACAUCGGAUUAACGAAAAACCUAAUCCUUCUGAUACAUUCUGAUACAUAAGCUACACAAGCUUUUUAAUCUAUUUUUGUUGGUCAUUACGUAAUUACAUUACAGAGACCGUUUGUUAAUUCGAAAUUAUUUUAAAACCUACUUGUUGUUGUUUGUGACUUUGUGAGUCUGCAUAAAAAUAUCCUAGUUACUUGUAACAGUCAACCUUCUUUUCUCUUUAGUUAAAUCCAGCCAUUCGAAUCCACAGAAACAGAAGGCGUGAAUCACAGAAGAACGCUCUGGCUUAUCAAAAAAGGCACGGAGGGUAUAUCAAGAUUCUUCGAUCGGCAUGUCAACGACAUUUCGCCCGUUGUGAUCACGUACACAAUCGCAAAUCUGACAAACGCAGAUUCUACGUGAACAGUCAAAUUUUAUUUAUGUAAAGGGUGAAUAAUUCAGCAGCGGUUACGGAAAUGGAGGUAGAUACCAUAGUUUAUAUUAUCUUGGAAGUUUUACUUGGCGUCUUAUCGAUUUUCGGCAAUGCCCUUGUCUGCUAUGUAGUGCUUCAUUCAAGAACACUUCGAAAAAAGGUUAUGUACAUGUUCGUAACUUCUUUAGCCGUUGCUGACAUAUGUGUGGGUGCUAUUGCAAUACCGUUCGCAAUUUUGACAAAACUGGGUUUACCGAGGUCGUCUCCCUUUCUAUGCGUUUCAAUGCUGUCUUUUAUAAUGAUACCAACCCAAAUCUCAAUCUUUAAUCUCAUGGCUAUCUCGGUUGAGCGAUACUUAUCGAUACGCCAUCCACGCAUCCACUACAAUAAGCUUACAGUAGACAAAUCGCUUACUGUCGUCGUAUUGACAUGGAUUGUGUCUGUAGUUAUUGGAAUGCUGCCUUUGUUUGGCUGGAAUAAGAUAUCCAAUCCACCCGGGGGGCGUUUCAACGAAACCUUAAUUAUCCAGAGAUUCUCAAUCAUACUCCAAUCUCGAGCCACAAACUCAACGCCCACAGUAAUCCCCUCGCCAAAACCGUCUUUGGAUCAAUGCGAAUUUAUGCAGGUGAUGGAUUUCGACUACAUGUUUUUCAACUUCGCAGCGUGCGUGCUACCGCCCCUCAUUACCUCCGCCAUUCUCUACUUCAUAAUUUUCGUGUCGGUACUUCGAGUGCAGGAGAAAUCGCAGCAGUCAACUUUGGUCCAGGCGGGCGCAAGCGCCUCCCCAACCUUCAGCAACCGAAGUUUCAGCACCACCCCCGUCUUUCGGCGCCAUCAAAUGACAAAACCUCAUGCAAAUUCCAAGAGUGGAAACGGGUCACAAUAUCAAGAAACACAAAAACAGGGCGAUAUUCCUACCCCGAGUAUAAUGCAAAAACCAGGCAAAGAAAGUAAAUCUUCAACGGACGCAAGAGAUCAACUUAAACGAAACGCAAAAGAAAUCCAGCUGCAAGUUGAGUCGCCGUCAAGCUCAGCUGUCUUUCAAAAUCUCCCUGAACCCGAGAAGGAAUUACCAGCCAAUAACUCAGCAGAGCAGCACCUUGCCCUUGACAAGCACCUGCUUUCAGAUCGUUUGAACAAAAUCGCGUUGGACGAAAACCAUCUCAACAAACCACGUUCCCUAAGUUGCAAGUACGAACCGAAGAGCGGAACGUGCUGCUCGAAAUUGACAGACUCAACCGUUUCGACCUAUUCUUCCACGCCAUGCCGGUCACGCACCGGAACAAAUGACUUUCAAGCGGCAAAGAAACGAAGCCACAAUGAGCGGCAUGUUCGCAGAGUUCGUGAAAUGAGGGCCGCUGUUGUGCUCGCACUUAUCGUGCUCUCGUUCGCCAUCUGCUGGAUGCCGAUACACAUCCUGAACACUAUUCACAGGUUUGACCCUUCCCGGGUAAUCCCAGCGUAUGUUUACAACGUGGCAAUCUUAUUAUCGCACUGCAACAGCACCGUCAACUUUUUCCUCUACUCAUGGCGACUCAAAGCGUUCAGAAUACAUUUGCACAAAAGGGUGUUGAACAAGCUAAAGCGCAACGACUAAUGUAAACUAUUAUACGAACAACCCGAAACCUCAUCUAGUAUUCAAGUUACAUUCUACGAUCAAAUCAUUCCAGGAAUAAUGACUUAACAUCAUAUAGUAGGAUGGGGGAAGAUCGGACACCUUUUUCUUCUAUUUUCUCGUACAUUUUGGUAGCAAACAAAAAACGU